UUGCCCUCUGAACGCAACGAGGGUCCGCCCUUUGCUUCUCGUCAUCUCAGGUCAAUCCAAAUAUACACUUUUGGCAUCAUUCAGAAUGAAACCAAAUAUAUUGGAGCAUCAGAAUGGAAAAAUAAGAGCUCAAUUGAAGUCAUUGUCUACGAGAGCACGCCAUUGGCAACGGGAGGUGAGGGCCAGACACGGCGAUGCCGCUGAAGCAGGCGCGGACGGAGUCGACGACCCGCCCCGAGGACUUUCGCAAAGGUCGACUGUUCCUCUUGAGUAAAGGGAUUGGAAUGAAGACGUGGGCCGCUGCUCUGUCCAGACCGGGGGAGGACUAUGUACGAUCUCAGAAGGUUCUGGACUCCUGGUUUCACGCUGCACAACCUUCUGACGGAGGCCGAGCUCUGAGGUGGCGGAGGCCGUGACGGGGCAACGCUCCCUGCCCGAGCGCCAUGGCGCCCCCGAAGCGCGGAGACGGCGACGGCGGCCGUGGCGGCGGCGGCGGCGGCCUCUCUUUCCUGUGCUGCUGUUUCAACAACAGCGACCACCCGGAGAUCACCUACCGACUUCGGGAGGACUUCGCCCUGCAGACCAUGGAGCCGGCGCUGCCCAUGCCAGGCUAUGACGAGCUGGACGGGAUCUUUUCCGAGUUGGUGGACGAGCUGGACCUCACCGAGAAGCACCGGGAAGCCAUGUUUGCCCUGCCCGCCGAGAAGAAGUGGCAGAUCUACUGCAGCAAAAAGAAGGAACAAGAGGAGAACAAGAGCGCAACUAGUUGGCCAGAGUACUACAUCGAUCAGCUCAAUUCAAUGGCAGCUCGAAAGACGCUUCUCGCUCUGGAGAAGGAGGACGAGGAGGAGAGGAACAAAACCAUCGAGAGCUUGAAGACUGCUCUCAGGACUCAACCUAUGAGGUUCGUGACGCGCUUCAUCGACCUGGACGGCCUGACGUGCAUCCUCAACUUCCUGAAGAGCAUGGACUACGAGACCACCGAGUCGCAGAUCCACACGUCGCUGAUCGGCUGCGUCAAGGCGCUGAUGAACAACUCGCAAGGCCGCGCCCACGUGCUGGCGCACGCCGAGAGCAUCAACGUCAUCGCCCGCAGCCUGGCCACCGACAACGUCAAGACCAAGGUGGCCGUGCUGGAGAUCAUGGGCGCCGUGUGCCUGGUGCCCGGCGGCCACAGGAAGAUCCUGGAGGCCGUGCUGCACUACCAGCGCUUCGCCUGCGAGAGGACACGCUUUCAGACGCUUAUAAACGAUCUGGACCGGAGUACGGGCCGCUACAGAGACGAGGUCAACCUGAAAACGGCCAUCAUGUCCUUUAUAAACGCCGUGCUGAGUCAAGGCGCAGGGGAGACGAGUCUGGAGUUCCGUAUCCACCUGCGAUACGAGUUUCUGAUGCUGGGCAUCCAACCCGUCAUCGAUAAGCUGCGUUCUCACGAGAACGCCACGUUAGACAGGCAUUUAGACUACUUCGAGAUGCUGCGGAACGACGACGAGCUGGCUCUGUCGAAGCGUUUUGAGUCGGUACAUAUCGACACCAAAAGUGCCACCCAAGUGUUUGAGCUCAUCCGCAAGAAGAUGAACCACACGGACGCAUAUCCGCACUUUAUGUCCGUCCUCCAUCACUGCCUCCUGAUGCCGCACAAGAGGAGCGGCAACACGGUGCAGUACUGGCUGCUCCUGGAUCGCAUCGUCCAGCAGAUGGUGCUGCAGAACGACAAGGACCCCGAUCCCGACGUCGCGCCGCUGGAGAAUUUCAACGUGAAAAAUGUAGUGCGCAUGUUGGUCAACGAGAACGAGGUGAAACAGUGGAAGGAGCAGGCGGAAAAGAUGCGAAAAGAGCACCACGAGCUGCAGCAGAAGCUGGAGAAGAAGGAGCGCGAGUGCGACGCCAAGACGCAGGAGAAGGACGACAUGAUGCAGACGCUCAACAAGAUGAAGGAGAAGCUGGAGAAGGAGAGCGGCGAGCACAAGAACGUCAAGCAGCAAUUGGCCGAGCUCACCGCGCGCCUCCACCAGCUCAGCGUCCGACAAACCACCGUCGUGCCCGGCGGCCCCCCCUUCGCCCCCGGCGGCCCCGCGCCCCCUCCGCCGCCGCUGUCCUUCUCGGGCCCGUGCCCGCCGCCUCCGGGUGGCGCGCCGCCUCCCCCGCCGCCUCCUCCGCCCCCGCCGCCGGGCGGCCCUCCGCCCCCGCCGCCCGGGGCCCCGCUGGGACCCUCCAUGCAGAAGAAGAACAUCCCCCAGCCCGGCAACCCGCUGAAGUCCUUCAACUGGUCCAAGUUGGCUGAGAAUAAACUGGAAGGCACCGUUUGGAUGGAGGUGGACGACGCCAAGGUUUUCAAAAUUCUCGACCUGGAGGACAUCGAGAAGACCUUCUCCGCCUAUCAGAGACAGCAGGACUUCUUUACGAUCAAUAACAGCAAACAGAAAGAGUCGGAGGACGACACGCCGAGCUCCAGGAAGGUGAAGGAGCUGUCGGUGAUCGACGGCCGUCGAGCGCAGAACUGCAACAUCCUCCUCUCGAGGCUCAAGCUGUCCAACGGCGAAAUCAAGAGGGCCAUCCUCACCAUGGACGAGCAGGAGGACCUCCCGAAAGACAUGCUGGAGCAGUUGCUGAAAUUUGUGCCGGAGAAGAGCGACGUGGACCUCCUGGAGGAGCACAAGCACGAGCUGGACCGCAUGGCCAAACCUGACCGCUUCCUCUACGAGAUGAGCAGAAUAAACCACUACCAGCAGAGACUGCAGUCUUUGCACUUCAAAAAGAAGUUUGCGGAGAGGAUUGCCGAGAUCAAACCCAAAGUGGAAGCGCUGACCAAGGCUUCCGAAGAGGUUUUGCACAGCAGGAACCUGAAGCAGCUCUUGGAGGUGGUGCUGGCCUUCGGCAACUACAUGAACAAGGGCCAGAGGGGGAACGCUUACGGCUUUAAGGUGUCGUCGCUCAACAAGAUCGCCGACACCAAAUCCAGCAUCGACAAGAACAUCAAUCUGCUGCACUACUUGAUCACCAUCCUGGAGAAGAAAUACCCCAAAGUGCUCAAGUUUCAGGCGGACCUGCCGAGUGUGCCUGAAGCAGCCAAAGUCAACAUGACGGAGCUGGAGAAAGACGUCGGCAACCUGCGGAGCGGCCUGGAAAGCGUGGAGAGCGAGCUGGACUACCAGAAGAAGCGACCGCAGGAGCUGGGUGACAAGUUUGUGUCUGUGGUGAGCCAGUUUAUCACCGUGGCCAGCUUCAGCUUUUCAGAUGUGGAGGACUCGCUGACAGAGGCCAAAGACUUGUUCCUGAAGGCCGUAAAGCACUUUGGCGAAGAUGCCAGCAAGAUGCAGCCCGACGAGUUCUUCGGCAUCUUUGACCAGUUCUUGCAGUCGUUCGGCGAGGCGCAGCAGGACAACGAGAACAUGCGGCGGCGCAAGGAGGAGGAGGAGCGCAGGGCCAAAAUGGAAGCGCAGCUCAAAGAGCAGCGGGAGAAGGAGCGCAAGGCGCGCAAGGCCAAGGCCAACGGCGAGGACGACGGCGGCGAGUUCGACGACCUGGUGUCCGCGCUGCGCUCGGGCGAGGUGUUCGACAAGGACCUGUCCAAGAUGAAGCGCAACCGCAAACGCAUCAACAGCCAGAACUCGGACGGCGGGCGCGAGCGGCCGGUCACCAAGCUCAACUUCUAGGAUGUUGUUGUCCGCUCACUGCUACCUACCCUUCUAGAGGUUUGCUUCCCCCCCCCACCACCGACUUCCUUUCAUGAUUAACAAAGACCCUGUUUGAUAGGAUCUGCGGAGUUGUUGUUUUUUUUUGUACAUGCGAAACCUUCCUCCGAACAGGACGAAGCUUCCCUUCAAGGACUACAAAAGCGAGGCCAUUUUGUACAAAUUCACAGGUGGAGAGACUAUCCCUCAUCAGAGCUUUAACUACACGCAAAAGUAGCCAUGAAGCGGCGGCUUUUUGUCUUUUUUAAACCAUUUGACACGUGUGCAGCAUUUCUAUAUAUAUAUAAUAUCAGAUCACCGUUUGUUAAGAGCUGGCCUUAACUGUUGGAUUUUUACGUCAAGUCGGUACUCUUCCAGGGCUGGGCCUAAAACGUCCAAGCAAUUUGAGCGUGGACACUUAUGUCGUAGAUGACAGACGAUAUAAUGUGCAUUUAAGGAAAAAAAACAGUGCGUGCUUGUUACACAUAUAAAGCUGGAGUUACUAUAUGCUUAAAAUGCCAAUAAAACCAUACCCAACCAAGUCAA